CGGACUUGGACCGUUUGUCUCGCUUGAUCCUCGAAACCUGUCAAAAUGGCCCCUCCCAACCUUGGCGAUGUGAUGCCCAACGCGGAGCUCGAAACCACGGAAGGUACUUUCAAGUUCCACGACUUUAUCGGAGACAAGUGGGCCAUCCUCUUCAGCCAUCCUGCCGAUUACACGCCCGUGUGCACGACUGAGCUGGGCACGCUCGCCAAGCUUGUCCCCGAGUUUGACAAGCGCAACACCAAGGUGAUUGCGCUCUCCGUGGACAGCAUUGAGGACCACAAGGGCUGGAGCAAGGAUGUCUCUGCGUUUGCCUGCAUCGACACCCUGCCUUUCCCCAUCAUUGCCGACAAGAACCGUGAUUUGGCUGUUGCUUUGGGCAUGCUCGACCCGGAUGAGCAGACCAAGGAGGGCCUGCCUGCCACUGCCCGCUGCGUCUUCAUUGUUGGUCCCGACAAAAAGCUCAAGCUCUCCAUCCUCUACCCGGCCACCACUGGCCGCAACUUCAACGAGGUGCUGCGCGUCCUUGACUCGCUGCAGCUGACUGCAUACCACCGUGUUGCCACCCCUGCCAACUGGCAGCCGGGAGACGAGUGCAUGGUCACCCCUGGCGUCAAGGUGGAAGAGCAGGAGAAGGUCUUCCCCAAGGGUGUCCGCACCCAGGAGGUGCCCUCGGGCAAGGCCUACCUCCGCUUCACGCCCCAGCCCAACAUCUAAGCUCCUUUUGCUUUGUGUAAUGAUGCCACCACCCUUGCACCAGAACAGUGCUGUCUGUGCCUGCUCAUGUCUUUCUUGUCCAUCAUCAUCCUUCCCGUUGGCAUGCCGAUGCAAUCAGUUGUGUGCUGUGGUGACUGCGCUCCUUGCUUUUGGCAAUUUAUCAGACUAGG